CUCCCGUGUUGUCCACCAGGCGUCUCUUUGCGUUUUGUUUCAAUGGGAAGAACAACUAACAAAAUGAAACGGCGGACCUAUACAGUUACUGCUAUCUGAUGACACACUGAGCCACCCUUCGCCUGAGACUGAAUGUGAUAUCGCUGCGUGUGAGAGGGACGGCUGCCGUGGACUGGAGCUGAAGUCAAGGCUGCUUUUGUGGCAGCAUCCGUGGUUAAGAUAGAAUUCCACCCAGUGCAACAGCCAUGUUGAACUUCUGCCGUCAUAGCCACACAGCUUCCAGCAUCCUUUGGUCACCGCUCAUCUUGGUCUUGGCGCUGCUGUUUUGUGAAGUAGCGGCUCAGGAGGACCUUCAGACCCAGUCCCCUGCCCAGGUGCUCAAGGACCUGUUGGCCCGCCAUGGAGACAACAGCACUAUCACUGUGCCACAGCUGCGCUCCCUACUGGCCCUUCUGAGCCAGGGCCAAAGCGACAGCCAGGCCCACGUGGGACACCAGGAUGUGACCACCACGACAACGCCCCCCAAACUGAACAAAUCCAAGUGCUUGCCAGAGGAUACCUUGGCCAUCUACAGGAUGGAUGAGGAGUCUCGUCUCGAUGGGCGGGGCUUGCAGGAGUUGUGCCCCAUCAUGCUGCAGCAGUUGGAUGCCGGUGCGUGCCACGCCCACAAUCAAGACGAGCUGAGCAGCGAUGCCUCGCCAAGGCCAACUGAUGCUGAAGUGUGGGGCUAUGGAUUCCUGAGUGUGACGCUCAUCUCGCUGUGCUCGCUGUUGGGGGCCUGCGUGGUGCCCUUCAUGAAGAAAACCUUUUACAAGCGUCUGCUACUCUUCUUCAUUGCGCUGGCCAUCGGCACGCUGUACUCAAACGCCCUUUUCCAGCUCAUCCCAGAGGCCUUUGGCUUUGAUCCUAUGGUCAACUUCUACGUGUCGAAGUCUGCGAUGGUGUUUGGAGGCUUUUACCUCUUCUUCUUCACCGAGAAAAUCCUCAAGAUGCUCCUCAAGCAGAAGCACACGGGUCACGGCCACAGCCAUUACUCCAGCGCUGAGCACUACUCUGCACCCGACAGAGACAUGGAGGAGGGUGAGAAGGUGCAGCAGAAUGGGGAGAUGAGCGGCAGCCAUGCUGUGGGCAAAAUGGACACCGGUGAGGGCGAGCUCAUGCUGAGGCCCUCACAGACACCGCAGGACUCGCAGAGUGUGGAUGGUGGCGGGGGGCGUGCCAGCAGGAGCGGCGGCAGCUGCUAUUGGCUUAAAGGAACGCCGUACUCUGACAUUGGCACACUAGCCUGGAUGAUCACAUUGAGCGAUGGUCUGCACAACUUCAUCGAUGGGCUGGCCAUCGGCGCCUCCUUCACUGCCUCAGUCUUUCAGGGCAUCAGCACAUCUGUGGCAAUUUUGUGUGAGGAGUUUCCCCACGAGCUUGGUGAUUUUGUAAUCCUGUUGAAUGCUGGCAUGAGCAUCCAGCAGGCGCUCUUCUUCAACUUUGUGUCGGCUUGCUGCUGCUACCUGGGGAUGGCCUUUGGCAUCCUGGCCGGAAACAGCUUCUCCCCCAACUGGAUCUUCGCCUUGGCGGGGGGGAUGUUCCUCUACAUUUCUCUGGCGGACAUGUUCCCCGAGAUGAACGAGGUGAGUCGCGAGGAGGAAGACGCCGGUGGCAGCAGCUUCCUGCUCACGUUCGCCAUCCAGAACGCCGGCCUGUUGACGGGCUUCGCCAUCAUGCUGCUGCUCACCACUUACUCUGGAGAGAUCCAGCUGGUUUAGCCGCUAUUUUGGCUCCCGGAUUUCAUGUGACUAACUGACAAUGGCGAACUUUCAGAAAGUGACGAGAGCAAACGGUCUGGUUACUGCUAAGUUCUUCUUCUUUUCUUCUUCGUCUUGGGUUUCAAAUCAAACCAAAUAAGCCUUUUUUUCCCCCUACGUGAUGAAGAGGAGAUGCAUCAGCUCCUCUCCCAUUGCUAAAACUACACUAAAGCUUUUUCUGUUUGUUUGUCAGCGAAUAACGGAGGAUAGGUUAAGAAUUUAAAGCGACGGCGUCACCCAAAUAUUUGAAAGGUUUCUCCUCAUCGCUUCUUAAUUCUACUUUUAAAAGGUUGAAUGUCUUAGCAGCUAAUGCUAAUAGCGGUAUCAAAGCAAUAUCAACUUGGAUUUGAUGUCAUUCUCAGCUACACUGUGUGCGCGUGUACGUACGUGUAUUUGCGUGUUUUCACCAGCUGUUUAUAUGGAUGCCAAAAUUAAGUAAAUAUGCCAUUUGAAAUCUGAAUUCAUUCAAAUUUAAACAAUUCAUGUGCUUGUCCAUUUAAUGAAUUACAAUUUGCAGCCCAUUUAACCUAUUUAUUAAUUUCCCCCAUCAAAUUAACGGAAAAAUUUACAAUAUACAAUAAUAUUUUUUAUAUUAAUUGUAAUUGAUAAUCAUCACAAUUAUUGAUUAAUAACAUUUAUUAUAUUAUAAACAAUAAUAAUGGACAAUUUACUAAAUUACAAAAUUACCCGUAAUUCAUUCAUUUGUAUUCAUAAUUAUGCUGUAAAUAUCAGUUAAUUUAUGAUUAUUGUGAAAAUGAAAUAUAUUACCUCGUUGUAAUUAAUAUAAUACUUUAUAAUUCAUAUGAUUUUAAACAGACAAUAAUGAUAAUAGACAAUUUAAUAUCAUCAGAUUUAUGUAAUUAGUUUACUCCCAUUACGUUAUUAAUGAAUGAAUUAAAAUUUGAACUCAUGUGAGGUACCCAUUCAUUUGGGGCCAUAUUCUCCCAUUUGUGCUAAGACCUUUUUUUGUAUGCGCCUGGCUUUCAUACCUUCCAGUGACGCGCAUUCUCCUGUAAUGACUUCUAAGCUGUGACACAACCAAUGUCACUCUAUUUCCUGGAGCGUGGAGUUUUCCUGAGAUGUGAAUGCCAUAGAAAUGAAUUUGGAAAAUAUAUCAGUAGGGCUGUCAUGAUCGCAUCUUUUUGCAAUCGAUUAUCCUCUAGAUAUUUUGUCGACUAAAUGAGUUUUAAUUUAUUUAUUUUUUUAACUACAAACAUGCAUUUUAUUCUCAUUUAUGAGGGCUUGACUUCUGUCCUUAAACUGCAUAUGUUGGUACUGAGUGUAUGGUAUAAACUGCACAGAAUUUGAGACAACAAAAUCAGCCUUUGCUAAACGGUUAGCAUUCGUGAUUAGCAUUAGCUCGCUAGUGAUUAACAUUUUAGGUAAUACCCCUUAACUACCAUUCAGCAAGCAUCCUUUUAUAUGUACAUUACACAUCUAAGAGUGUCUUAAAAUCACUUACAUACGCUCCUCUGUCAAUUUUGGUAACGUUUAUCAGUGGCCCAACAUUGCGUCCAUCUUCAAUAAAUGUCCGUCUGGUAAACAUGGACAGUGGCCAAAUGGUUCAAAUGCUUUUCCAUCCAUCCAUUUUCUGACCCGCUUAUCCUCACUAGGGUCGCGGGUGUGUUGGCGCCUACCUCAGCUGACUUUGGGCAAGAGGUGGGGUACACCCUGACUGGUUGCCAGCCAAUUGCAGGGCACACAUCGACAAACAAUCAUUCACACUCACAUUCACACAUACGGGCAAUUUAGAAUCUUCAAUUCAAAUUCUUCAAAUUAUGUAUUUAUUGGACUUAGACUCGAUGCGAAGACACUUUUUUUGUCACUUUUAUGUAGUUUUUUUGUUUGUUCAGUGUUUACUGGCCUGUGUGAUUGACAAGGUUUAUUUCCAGAGAGUUACUGAUGCCGUUACAUACUUUAGCUGCAGCAUAACGUAUUUUAUAUCAUGUAAAGAAGAUGCAGUAUGAUUUAUCAGCAUGGAAAGUGGCAUUAAGGUAGUAAAUGGAUGAUGAGCUCAGCGCUAUCUUUGCUGCAGCUUGACACGGAAAGUGUUCAUGGGAGAUUAUUUAUUGCUUCUUGUAUGCUUUCUACAACAGCCAUGUAAGCAGGACAUUCUCUUUUAUUUUUUUUGUAUCCUGUAAUGUUGAAAUGGUUCAAAACGACGUGUGUAAGCAGGCCUGCCACACACUUUGAUGGUGUUACUGUGAAUUCCAAUCAACUGAAUUGAUUGUUCACAUUUGCGACCAUGCAACAUUUAGAAGACACCAAAUCCUUUCGGUGUGCCCCCCCCCCCAAUUCUUUUUGAGUUUUCUAGAUACGAAUAAAAUAUACAUUUUUCAAGAAAAUCAUGACUGUGUGCUAUAAGAUGACUUUAUACUUGACCAAUAAAAGAUUUUCCAUGAA